CUGUAUAUCAGCUAAUUUAUCGGUGUCUCUCUGCUUUUUGAUUGAUGUGCUUUGGUGGCUCUUUUCUUCUUUCUUUUACUUCUUUCCAGCAAAAUUUCUUCAAUACGCAGCCCAUGAAUUGAAGUGAAAUCUGCAUCUUCUUUUCUGAAUUCAGAUCGAAACGUAUACGACGUCGUCUCUGUGGACUGUGCCCUAAGCUUAAAGCUAGGGUUUCUCCGUUAAAAAAAAAAGACGCUGAAAAUACACUAGCAACACCCACAAGUGAAGAAGGGAAGUGCAUGAUCUUUAGUUGUUUUGUUGUGUUGUGUUGUUUCUUCCUUUUCCAGUUUCUGUUCUUUGAGUGGCUUUGUCGGCUUGUGUAACCGAUCAUCCCCAUCUACUGGCUCCUGAAAUCCUGGUUUUGACCGACUCUCGAUCUCUUGAAGAAUCUUUCUUUGAUUCCGGCGGAUUAGCAGUGGUAGAUGCGGCGGCGAUGGAAGGCGGUUACGACCAGCACGGCGGCGGAGGGAGAUACUUCCACAACCUUUUCCGACCAGAGAUUCAUCAGUUUCAGACUCAGCCUCCAAAUCAGCAUCAGCAACCGGAUUCGGACGAUUCGAGGGACUCGGGCUCCAACAAGGACAACCACCACCCGGGUCAACCCGAUUCCGACCCGGCAACAUCCAGCUCAGCACCGGCAAAGCGGCCACGUGGUCGGCCUUCGGGGUCGAAGAACAAGCCCAAGCCUCCGAUCAUAGUCACGCGAGACAGCCCUAACGCCCUUAGAUCUCACGUUCUUGAAGUCUCUCCCGGCGCCGACAUCGUCGAGAGCCUUUCUACCUACGCUCGACGGAGAGGGAGAGGAGUUUCCGUACUCAGCGGCAACGGAACCGUUGCUGACGUCGCUCUCCGUCAGCCCUCGGUGGAGGCCGGAGGAGUUGUGAGCUUACAUGGACGGUUCGAGAUUCUUUCGCUGACGGGGACGGUUCUGCCACCACCUGCACCGCCGGGAGCCGGUGGUUUGUCGAUAUUUCUCGCCGGAGAGCGAGGACAGGUGGUCGGAGGGAGCGUGGUGGCGCCCCUGGUAGCAUCGGGUCCGGUGAUAUUAAUGGCGGCUUCUUUCUCCAACGCUGUCUUCGAGAGGCUUCCGAACGAGGAGGAGGCGGAGGGGGGAGGCGGAGGUGGAGGAGGAGGAGGUAUGCAUCACGCGCCGCCGCAGUCAACACCUCCGCCGACGGUUUUGACAACCGGAGGAGGAGGAGGAGGUAAUGCGUUUUCCGACGGCCCUCAUUUCCUCGGAUGGGGAGCCGGAAACGCUUCACGACCACCUUUUUAAUUUUUCAAUUUCAAUUUAAUAUCGUCUUUCGAAUUUUAUAAAUAUAGUUUCUUCCUUUAAAAAAAAAAAUCGUUUCGGCAUCUUUCCAUGGAUCGUUAGUUAUUUGAUCAACUAAUUUAAUUUUAUAUUAUAUUGAUUCCGAUUGAAAUCCAUGUUCGAAUUCGGUGUUCAUCAACAUUGACGUGGUAGAUGUUAGAGAGAAGAGGUUUGCCAACUGUGGUGACCUUAGGAAUUCCUCAAGGUUACAUUGAUGUCGCCUGUGUUUUGUGCUAUUGGUCUAUUCAAAUAUUCUAAAUUUGUGAAGAAAUGGAUCAUAUAUUGCCAAUUUUACAACAAAGGUUGAGGUUGUCAAAAUAUUCU